UGUCUGAUAAUAUAUAGUUCACUGACAUCUUAAAUUUAAUGUUUACACUUGUUAAUUGUGUUCAUGUAUUUACAUGAAUUGAUUUUUGAAUUUUAUGAAGCUUUACUAGCUAAAUGUAUACACUGCAUAGGAUUUAUAAUAUGUAAUUAGUAAUUAUACUAAAUUUGGAAAAUUACACUCAAAAAUGAAUUUGACAGUUGCUUUGAAGUUUUACAUUACACGAAUGACAGAGGAAAGUGGACCUGGUAUGAAAGUUCUUUUAAUGGAUAAACAAACGACAAGUAUAGUAAGUUUAUUGUACAGCCAAUCAGAAAUAUUUAUGAAGGAAGUUUAUCUAUUUGAAAGAAUUGACACAAAUACACGUAAUGAAGGUUUAAAGCAUUUAAAAUGUAUAGUUUUCAUAAGGCCAACCAAAGAAAAUAUUGAGAUCCUUUGUAAUGAAUUACGAUGUCCUAAAUAUGGCACCUAUUAUAUUUAUUUCAGUAAUAUUAUCGCAAAAGCUGAUGUUAAACUCUUGGCUGAAAGUGAUGAACAAGAAGUCGUGAGAGAAGUCCAUGAAUAUUAUGCUGAUUAUUUAGCUAUUAGUCCACAUUUAUUUUCACUUGGCAUAAAUGGAUGUUCACAAGGUUUAUUAUGGAAUCCAGUGCAUUUGCACAGAACCGUUUUAGGCAUAAUUUCUGUUCUAUUAUCAAUUAAAAGAUGUCCCUACAUACGAUAUCAAUGCAGUUCUGAAAUGGCAAAAAGAUUAGCAGAAAAAAUACGGGAAGUACUGAGUAAGGAAUCAAGUUCAUUUGAGUUUAGACAGGAUUCGAGUCCGAUUUUACUUAUACUCGACAGAAGAGAUGAUCCUGUUACACCCUUAUUGAAUCAAUGGACUUAUCAAGCAAUGGUGCAUGAAUUAUUAACUAUUAAUAAUAACCGUGUUAAUUUGUCACAUGUGAAAGGUAUUUCAAAGGAACUGAAGGAAGUUGUUCUUAGCGCAGAACAUGACGAAUUUUAUGCAAAUAAUUUAUAUCUCAACUUUGGUGAAAUUGGACAAACAAUAAAAGAAUUGAUGGAUGAAUUUCAAAAGAAAGCUAAAAAACACCAAAAAGUCGAAAGUAUAGCCGACAUGAAAAAUUUUGUUGAAACUUAUCCAUUGUUUAAGAAACUUUCCGGAACUGUAUCAAAACAUGUAACAGUAGUCGGAGAACUUUCUUCCCUUGUAGAAAAACAUAAUUUAUUAAGAGUAUCAGAAUUGGAACAAGAGCUUAGUUGUCAGAAUGAUCAUUCUCUGCAGCUGCAAAAGAUAAAAGAACUUAUUAAUAGUCAACAAAUACGUGAAAUUGAUAGCGUGAGAUUGGUAAUGCUUUACGCGCUUCACUAUGAGAAAUAUGCAAAUAAUGAUAUUAACGGUUUAUUGAAUUUAUUAAAAAACAAAGGAAUUUCAGAGAAAUAUAUCAAGCUCGUGUAUAACAUAUUAGAAUAUAGUGGAAUUAAUGCAAGACAAAGUAAUUUAUUCGACCGUGAAGCAGUAGCUAAAAUUACCAAAAAAUUAUUCAAAGGUUUAAAUGGUGUAGAUAAUAUAUAUACUCAACACACACCUUUAUUAAAUGAAACACUUGAAGAUUUAAUAAAAGGAAGAUUAAGCUUACAGACGUUUCCGUAUCUUGGAAAUACAAUGGUAUCCAAAAGGCCACAAGAUAUCAUUGUUUUUAUGAUUGGAGGAACUACUUAUGAAGAAAGUUUAACUGUUUAUAAUUUAAAUAAACAAAAUUCAGGGAUAAAAAUUAUUUUAGGUGGUACUACUAUUCACAAUUCCACAAGUUUCCUAGAGGAAAUUCAACAAGCUACAGCGGGUAUACUGUCAAAAUACAAAAAUAAUAACAAAUAAAACGCUAAAUGUACAUAUUUUUGGUUAACAUAUUUAUUUAUACAAUUUUGUGAUUAUAAUUAAUCAUUACAUAAUUAUAUUCUUUGAUAAUAAUUACAUUUUGCUGAUAACAACUUGAAAGAAAGAACUGUAGUAAUAAGAAAAAAUAAAAAUUAUAUCAAUCUUA